GUACUUUUACAUGAUUUGACAACUUUCUCCGCAACUAAGAGAGCUAGUUCCUUGUUAUAUUUUGAUUUGUUUCUGAAAUUCUGUAUUUGAAAUACUAAAAUACUUACAAUUCACAAUGGCUAUACCGGAUUAUAAGUUAAGUGCAAUUUUAAAUGGGCACUCAAUGGACGUGCGAUGUGUGACAAUAACGAAAGAAAACUGUAUAUUAUCUGCUUCUCGUGAUAGAACUGCAAAAUUGUGGCACCCCGAAGGAAUAAAAGAUUUCGUUAACGUAGUCACAUAUAAAGGCCACAAGAACUUUGUGUCUUGUGUUUGCUGGAUUCCACCUUGUGAGGCGUUCCACGAUGGUCUAGUGGUAACAGGAAGCAACGACAACACGAUAAUAGGCUACAAUUUACAGGAUGGAAUGAUUCAGAUCACUCUGGAAAGCCAUGAGAAUGUAGUUUGUAGUGUUGUGUCAGGACAGGACUCAGGAGUGCUGUUAAGCUCUAGCUGGGAUAGUACUGCAAAAGUUUGGAAUCUAAAUAACCCAAAUGCAAUCCCCAUUACCCUGAAGGGUCAUCAGGCAGCCGUAUGGGCUGUGGUGGAACUGCAUAAUAAUACAUAUGCUACAGCAUCUGCUGAUAAAACAAUAAAACUUUGGAACAAGGAGGGAGUACCAAUAUCUACACUAACUGGACACACAGACUGCGUACGAGGAUUAGCAGUUGCUAAUCCAGAGACUUUCCUUAGUUGCUCAAAUGAUGCUUCUAUCAGACUUUGGACUAAUAAAGGACAGUGCCUUAACACUUACUAUGGACACUCAAAUUAUAUUUAUAGUAUCAGUAUAAAUUCAGCUCUCAGCAGUGGUUUCGCAACAUGUGGGGAAGACGGCAGUGUGAGAGUUUGGUCCGCUGGGGACUGCAUUGGCGAAAUACGAUUACCAGUACACUCGGUAUGGAGUGUGACAUGUCUCGAUAAUGGUGAUAUUGUUACUGGUUCAAGUGAUGGACUGGUGCGAGUGUUUACAGCGGACCCAGCUAGAUACGCAGAUGAAGCGACCCUCAAAGCCUUUGAAGAGGACGUAGUUAAAAUGCAAGCGGCAUCCCAACAAGAAAUCGGCGGCUACAAACUAUCUGAAAUACCAGGCCCAGAAGUAUUAUUGGAGCCUGGCAAAUCGGACGGCCAGACUAAGCUAGUGCGCCGGGGCACCAAUGUGAAAUGUUACUCUUGGAGUGUUGCAGAGAACACGUGGAAUGAAAUUGGAGACGUUAUGGGUGCGAACCCUGCUAGUGAGGGCAAAACGAUGUAUCAAGGAAAGGAGUAUGACUUCGUAUUCAGUGUUGACAUCAAGGACGGAGCACCGCCACUGAAGCUGCCCUACAACAAAACGGAAGACCCAUGGGUCGCUGCACAAGCAUUUAUACACAAACACGAUCUUCCCCAAGUGUAUCUGGAACAAGUAGCCAAUUUUAUCAUCACAAACGCUAAACUGGAUACACUGCCGACUCAAUCUAGUAAUGGAUUCGCGGAUCCAUUCACGGGCGAGUCCCGCUAUGUGCCAGGGUCGGGUGGGGCUGCAAGGGGAAUAGGGGGACGCACGGUGGGGAUGGGGGCGGCCGACCCCUUCACUGGUGGUGGUGCGUACACCACUCCGGUUGCCUCGGCCACUGCGCUCUCUAGUAACGAAAAACCACUUAUACCUCACGAUUCAUACAUAAGAUUCGAUCAAGCAAAUUUGAAAGCUAUAUAUGAAAAAUUAAAGGAAUUCAAUAGCAAAGUAGGAGAUGGCUCAAAUGCGAUGACUGAUCAACAGUUGGAAAAUGUUGUGAAAUUAGGUGAACUGAAUAGUUCUUAUAGUGCUGAAACAAUUACAUUUUUGAAAAAAAUGUUAGAAUGGCCAAAAGAAAUCCUCUUCCCCGUAUUGGAUAUAACUAGGUUAGCAGUUAGAAAUAAAGAAAUAAAUGGACAAAUAUUUGAUACUACAUACGGGCCGUCAUUUGUGAAGUACCUUUUAACUUUAUUAGCACCAGAUAACCUAGCGCCCAACCAGAUGCUGUCUAUGCGCGUACUGGUAAACGCGUUCAGUGACCUCCCCGGCGAGAUGCUAGUGUUGGCAGCACGUGAAAGUGUCUUACACUGCCUAAUAUGCCUCAACCAGCUCAAUAAUAACGCACAGAUUGCAGCGGCGUCUCUAUUACUGAACCUCUCGGUGGCUUUAGCGCAGCAACCCGACAGCGUGGACAUAGCAGAGUGCUUAGCACAGUUACUUAGUAAAUUUACGGACAAUGAAGCCUAUUUUAGAGGGCUAGUAGCAUUAGGUACACUGCUGGCCGAGUCUCCUAACAAACUACAAAUACAAACGAAAAUCGUCUCAAACACAUCACUCCAUAAUCGACUGAAAAAAGAUAGCUCUGCUACCAAUGACUCAAACUUCAAGAAAAUAUCCACGUGCUCCCAACAAAUACUGAGAUUAUUAUGAACGAGAAUUAAGACUGUUAAUUUAUUAAAUUAUUUUAUAUUUACCACAUCUAUUGCGAUUUACUUUGAGUAUAGUAUGUAUACUCUUAUCUACAUCACACUGUCAAGGUUUAAGUAUUUAAAUAUUUAAUAUAAUGAAAAUAAUUUAAUAAAUUGAUGUUUACUUUAUACAGGUCAUGAAAUACGUUUACAAUUUUGCUUGCUAUCAUUAAUAUUAAUACUUUACUAUGACGAACGAAAUUUUCUAACAAAAGCAAUAAAUUGUAAUAUGUAAUAAA